CAAUCCCCCUUUAGAGAUGCUUGAUAGAGGUGUAGAUCAAUGGGUAGAACUGUGUAAUCAUUUCAAUUCCGAUAAGUUCAAGAAGGCAUCAUCUGCAAAUAUAGUGAAUCAAUCAAAGAAGAAGUAUAAUCAUUGUACUAGUUCACGUCUUUUCUCAUACACAGCGAAAGAGAUGGCUGAGGAUGGUUCGAAGUUUCCCGAAGUCGACACAUUUGAGUUCGCUUAUGCAAGAAAGAACAAGUGUUGGACUUAUAAUGUAGCUAAAGCUCAACAUGAUGAGAUGCUUGUCAAAGAAUAUGAAUAUCUUAUACAGAAGGCAAAGGAGCACCAACUUCCCAAAGAUAUUCGUUUGCAGGAGAUACCAGUAGAUGAUCCUGAUGCCGAAAUUGAUAUCAUGAUGUCUGUUCUAGGUACGAAGCCUGGACGUCAAAUUCGUGGGUUGUGAGAUGGUCGCCUUAGAAACAUUCGUACAUCUUCUAAUGUACACAAUUUGGAGAAAGAGUUAGGACCAGAACGCAC